ACGCGAGUGCCACGUCACCGCGCGUGAGCAGCGGUGAAGCGAUCGAGCGGUGAGAAGCGAGCGGUGAAGAGAGAGCGAGAUGAUACGAAUUUCAGUGCUUUGCGUAGUGCUCUCAUGGGCUGUCCUCGUCAGCAGUCAACGUCCAACACCGUGCGAUGCACCUACUAUUUGGAGUGGAGGAUUUACGCAGCGUGAUCAACAGCAGGCUUUUUUCACCACUGGUGAAAUCUACUAUGAUGAAGUGCAGCAGCGUGUUGCUUACAUUCUUUUGGACAAUGAGGGCCAAAGUUCAGAGAAAUUGCAUAUCAUUGCCCUCUAUAAAGAGGAUUUGAUUUACACAAUAAAUCUGGAGACCGAGGCCUGUGGAGUUCAGAAGUUGGGAAGGACGUUCAUACCCAUUCAAGUCCCUGUAAAUGCCACUUUUGUUGGAGACACAAUCCUGGGAACUUCAGACCUGACUCUUGGUGACGGAGUUGAGGUAGAAACAUGGCAGGGGAAAUUCACAGAUCCGAAUGGUUUCUAUCAAGUUGUGGUGACUAGAAGAGGGUGCAUUCCACUCAAUGAUCUGUUUGUCAGUGACGAAAUAGGAACUGUUGAAACUUUUUUCUCUAAUAUCGUUGGAGGGAUUUCUGACCCCAACGUGUUUGUCCCUCCUGGAGCCUCCAAAGACCGGCACCCUGUACGUGAUCGUAACCGUCAGUUUGAGGAUACUGGCCGAUUGGUGUAUGAUGCUUCGGGCCAACGCAUUCUAUACGUCUUUGAGGAGUUGGAGCCCCAAAGAGAUGUGGUGUAUGAUUUACAGCUCUUUAAGGAGAAGAAAAGAUACACAAUGGACCGCAACACAAUGAAAUGUACUAUUACAGAUAUCACUGACGAUUUCAGGCCCAUUCAGAUCCCCAACAAUGCCACUUUUGUCGACAAAUUAGUUUUGGGAUCUAAUGCAGAGGCAGAUACCGGGGUUACGAUAGUGCAGUGGAGGGGAAACACCACAAACCCAAGUGAACGUGAUGACCUGUUUGAAAAUUUCUUCUAUGACAUUACUCUUGGAUUCGAUCCAGAUGAUUUUAUCCCUCCCAAGGAGUGUGGCAGCCUAGAAUGACUCGAUACAUGAACAAAUUAAACGAAUUAUGGCACUUGCCUAUGACUUGAUUAUAUAGUGUUAUAGUAGUGUAUUGCGUAAUUAUGAAGUGGUUUAUUGAUCAUUGUUUACCUUAACCUGCA